AUGAGAAAAUGCAGUGGUGCCAAUAGGCGAUAUACAACAUGUAACUUACAGCCAUGUCCUGAAGGCUCUCGUGGGAUAAGAGAAUCUCUCUGCUCAACAUUUAACAACAUCACACUUGGCCUGGAGCACUAUGAAUGGAUUCCACAUUAUGAUGGGGAACAUGAGUGUGCUCUGACAUGUAAGGAUAAGAAGACAAAGGAGGUGUACACCCUGCAGGAAGAGGUAGAGGAUGGCACACCUUGUGGCCGAGAUUCUUCAGGCCUCUGCCUGGCCGGAAAGUGUCAGAUUGUGGGGUGUGAUGGUCACCUGUCAGGGAAGCGCGUGGAUAAGUGUGGGAAGUGUGGUGGUGACGGGGGCUCGUGUUAUACCAUCAGAAGGACUUAUUCCUUGGUCAACCACUUCACAGGCUACAAUGAUAUAUUUGAAAUCCCAGUUGGUGCCACCAAUAUUAUUGUUAUUGAGAGACAUCCAGGGAGACAUUACUUAGCUCUUAGAAACAAGAAGGGAAAGUACUUCCUGAAUGGAGACUGGAAUAUCGUGAAAUCAAUGGAUGUGAAGCUGGCGGGAACAGUCUUUGUGUAUCAUCAUCCCACUAAUGCUUCUGAUGAGGCAGAAACUUUGACCUCAAAAGGACCCACCCACGAGCGAAUUAUGGUCACACUGCUGUACCAGGACCCUGACCCUGAUGUCAAGGUGGAGUAUGAGUACUCCCUGCCCCUGGAUGCAGACCUUAUCCCCCUAAAGGACACACCCAUGAAGGAGUCCAAGUACCUGGAGAUUGUGGCCAAGGACACUGUCCCAGGGAUGGGCAAUAAUGUGAUCAAGUCAGAGGAUGACCAUUACACUUGGAUAUCAGGGCCGUGGACAAAGUGCACCCAAAAAUGUGACACAGGUCACCAAACCAGGCAUGUGAAAUGCCUCCAAAUGGGUAGUAAUAAAGUGGUGAACCGUCAUUUCUGUCAGAUGCUUUCUAAACCAGCUCAUAAACAGAAGUGUAACACUCAGCCUUGUGACUCAAGCUGUCUCAUCAGUGUGCAUGGAUGUUGUCCUGAUGGUAAGACCUCUGCCUCUGGCCCUGAUGACGAGGGCUGCUCUCAGCCAUUAACAGACAUCAGAUCACAUCCUUGUCAGGGCUCUGAGUUUGGAUGUUGUGAAGAUGGAGUGUUGCCAGCUAAGGGACCCAACCGAGAAGGCUGUCCUCAUAAGGCAGGCCACAGGUCCUGUUAUGAGAGUAAGCAUGGCUGCUGCUCUGAUGGGAAGACUACAGCCAAAGGGCCACAUCAGGAGGGUUGUCCCCUUAAUGCAGAUGUUUGUCUUGAGCCUAAGAAGAAAGGAAAAUGCCGAGCAAGGCUGGUGCGGUGGUACUUUGAUCAAAAGAUAAAGGCCUGUAAAAAGUUCCAUUAUGGGGGCUGUCUUGGAAACAGGAAUCGAUUUGAGAGUAAACUGGCCUGUGAAAUGAACUGCAGAUCUCUGAUGAAUGCCAGACUCUCGGAACUCUCUGACAGGGAUGUGUGCAGUUUGCCCAAAGAUGAGCGACAAUGUAAGGAAGCUGUGACAAAAUGGUACUAUGAUGCUGAGAAAGGCAACUGUGUAAGGUUUUGGUUUGGGGGCUGCUCUGAGAAUGGCAACCACUUUGACACACAGGAAGCUUGUGCCUCCACAUGUAAAUACCAGAGCUUCUCCCAGCCCAAGACUACCGCUAUAUCAGGUCUGCCUCUCUGUCAGCUGCCCAGUGACCCUGGACCCUGCUCAGAUGGUGAAAGGCGUUGGUACUAUGAUGUCAUCCGGGGCGAGUGUCUCACCUUUGCGUAUGGAGGCUGUAAGGGUAAUGCAAACAACUUUGGAACCCUCAAGGAGUGCGUACAACAGUGUGUUCCUGGGGGCACAUUUCAGGAGCAGAAGGUAGACCCCUCUGGAGGAAAAGUUGGAUACCCAGCUGUUUGCCUGAUGGCUAAGGAAGAACGCUUUUGUGAUGACUGGGAGAGUAAAUGGUAUUUCAACAGCAAGGAAGAGAAAUGUGAAGAGUUCUGGUAUGGAGGUUGUGAUCUGGAGGAUGCUAACGUGUUUGACUCCCGGCAGGAGUGUCAAAGCACCUGUCACAAACAAUAUGUGUCUUCCACCAAGUCUGCAUCUAAAGUUAAUGGGCAGUGCAGUCUACCGCUCGACCUCAGCACUUGUGCACAGAGAACAACCAAAUGGCAUUUUGAUGGCAGUCAGAAAAAAUGCGUUACUUUUUUGUGGGGUGGAUGUUCCCCAGCAACAUUAGCCAAUCGAUUUGACUCUGAGGAAGAAUGUCAGAGGAAAUGUACUCAUCAGUCUGAUUCCCCGCGCCGAGGCCGACGCAGGAGAAAGAACCGAAAGUCCAAGAAGAAAGAUAACACUACAUCAGACCGUAGUGUGAAGUGUGGGGGGAAGCCUGACGGGCGGAUCUGUGGUAAGCCACUCCUUCGGUGGUUCUAUGACCAGAAGAAGGGUAUUUGCGAGCAGUUUUGGUACGGUGGCUGUGCUGGCAACCCUGAAAACCUGUACAGCUCCGAGACAGACUGUAACCGUGAGUGUCGAGGAUUUAGAACACAGGCGAACGCCAACAGCAGGAGGGCAAGUGCAAAUAAAGAUCCCAGAACAGAAACAUGUGGUGUGGCCCCAGACCGGCGUAUUUGUAAGAGUGGUGUAGUCCGCUGGUUCUAUGACUUAGAGAGGGGCAACUGCCGAGAAUUCACCUUCGGACAUUGCUCGGUGGGAGGGAAUGCCUUUAGCUCUAAAGUAGAAUGUGAGAAGAUUUGCCGAGGUUUCAGUUAUGCUGCCCCCGAUGAGGUCAGUGAGGAGUUGCCGCUGGUGUCCCCCACAGUCGUCCAGUCACGGCGAAUCGUCUCAGACCAGAGUCGGUGUUCUCAGCCCCAAGAUAAUAGAUUGUGUGGCGAUUGGGUUGAGAAGUGGCGCUACAACACUGACAGUGGCCGCUGUGAAACCUUCUGGCAUGGAGGCUGUCGUGACAACGGGAAUGUGUUUGACAGCGAGAACGAAUGUCGUCGUGAGUGCGAGGGCCGAUUAAGGGUUAGCCCUCCUCGCAGGACGCCAGCCCCCCAACGUACGCGGGUCCCUGCCCGUACACUACCUGAUUGGUCAAACAACGUGAGACUGCCACCGGACAGGAGCAGCACAGAUGUUUGCCAGCAAGAUAAAAGUGAGCGCUUUUGUGGGAAGUGGUCAAGCAAGUGGUUUUACAACAGAGAUAGUCGGAAAUGUGAGCAGUUUUACCAUGGCAAUUGUAACAUGGGAGGAAAUCAGUUUGAUUCUGAAGUGGAAUGCCGUAGGAAGUGCGGGAGCACUAGGUAUGUGAGUUACAGAACAACAGCAUCCCCACAAAGACGGCCAGCCCCGCGAAGAACACCGAUCCCACGUAGAACGCCUGCCCCACGGAGAACACCUGCUCCACGCAGACGAACUAUAACCAGCAACAGAUCACAAGUGUCCUGUACCACUCCUAAAGAUGUGCGCAAAUGUGGUGAAUGGCGCAAUCGGUGGUUUUAUGAUGCUGAAAGUGGCCGCUGUGAACAAUUCUGGCAUGGCAACUGUGGAGAAGGAGGGAACCAGUUUAGCUCAGAGAUUGAAUGUCGACGUGCCUGUGCGGGAUCUAGGCGCACUGUGUAUCCCACGGCCUCGUCAAGCAGAGGAAGAGAACGGUCUCAGGAUGUAUGCUUGAUGGAUAGAAAUGAAGACAUUUGUGGAAAAUGGGAGAAUAUGUGGUAUUACGACAGAGAAAAGCGCAUAUGCAAACCUUUCUUUUUUGGCGGCUGCGGCAUGAAUGGGAAUAAGUUUGAGACUGAGGAAGAAUGUCAUGCCUUGUGUAUGACAUCAGCGUAUAUUCAGCCAGAGAAGCCUGACCAACGACUCGCGGAUGAUCGCUGUCUUCGUGAAAAGAAUGAUCACUAUUGUGGCUCAUGGUCUAGCAAAUGGUACUACGACAGAUCAGCACGUGUCUGUAAGGACUUCUUGUACGGGGGCUGUGACGAUCAAGGAAAUGUAUUCCAUUCGUCAUUUGAGUGCCGGAGAACGUGCACACAAACCAGAUCUUACCCCACCUACCGUCCUGUCACGCCCCGCCCAACAAGACAUUGGGACAGGUUCCAGACUUUUCAGGAACUCUGUGUUGACAAGUCAGAUGCCCCAGUCAUCUGUGACUUGAGGGGGACUCGCUGGUUCUAUAACCGACAGACCAGAAGGUGUGAGGACAUGGAGUUAGGUGGCGGAUGUCACUCCACGGCAAACAAGUUUAGGUCCCGCUCAGAAUGUCAGGGUGUGUGUGAGAGUGGAACCACUGGGAGAGUGACACCCGCACCUGACGGAAACAGGCACACUCGGAUUGAUGAGCGUUGCGUUGACAAAGACUUCCCCAUUCUCUGUGAUUUGAGGGGGACUCGCUGGUUCUAUAACCGACAGACCAGAAAGUGCGAGGACAUGGAGUUAGGUGGCGGAUGUCACUCCACGGCAAACAAGUUUAGGUCCCGCUCAGAAUGUCAGGGUGUGUGUGAAAGGCGAACAACUGGGAGGGUGACAUCCUCGCCAGACAGAAACAGACAAACACGGAUUGAUGACCGUUGUCUGAUGGAGAAAGACACGAGGUACUGUAGAACGUGGAGAACACGUUGGUUUUAUAACCGACGGACAGGAAGAUGUGAGGACUUCCAAGACGGUGGCUGUGACUCUGGGGGCAAUGUCUUCACCUCGCGAUAUGACUGCCAGAGAAGUUGUGAGGGAAGAGAAAGGAGACCCCAGCCGAUUUACCCUGUGACCCCACGACCUUACGUCCCCACCAGACACAGGAAUGAUGACCGGUGCCUGGCAGAUAGAAACACUCGCUACUGUGGCAUGAGGAGAACCCGUUGGUAUUACAAUCGCGACACAGGCCGCUGUGAGCAGUACCAGGACGGAGGCUGUGGCUCUGAUGGGAAUCAGUUUGUGUCCAGAUAUGAAUGUCAAAGAACCUGUCUUACGCAGUUUCCCAACCCAGUGACUAGAAGGCCCUGGACAAACUCCGGGGACAUCUGCCUUCAAGACAAAGACGUACGUAUUUGUGGCCAGUGUGAAAGCCAGUGGUAUUACAACGCUGAAGAACACCGCUGUGAAAGAUUCCUCUACUGUGGCUGUUCUCGCAGUGACAAUAAGUUUCACACUUUCCAGGAGUGUGAAUCCACCUGUGCAGGACGAACUGGCUACGUGACAUCGAAUCCCACCCGACACCGUGUUUGGACGUAUGAACCUCACACACAGGCACCCGGCCCAGACAGAGAUAUCUGUCGGUUGCCCAAGAAGGUUGGCCCAUGUUACGGUAGCUUCUCUCAGUGGUAUUACGACGCAGCGUAUGGCAGCUGCCUGGAGUUCACAUACGGGGGAUGUGAUGGUAAUGAGAACAACUUUGACACGGAGGAGGAGUGUAUCUUACGCUGCGACCCAAAUGGACUCGUCAGACGUCCCACACCAUCAGCAAAUGUGUGUGAUCAGCCUGCAGACCCAAGGAAGUGUAAGGAAUGGCAGAACAGGUACAGGUACAACUCUGAAACGGGUCGCUGUGAGCAGUUCUGGCACGGAGGAUGUCGAGAUGACGGGAAUGUAUUCUCAGAUGAAACAGAGUGUCGCAGGACGUGUGAGCGCUCAAGACGAAUCACCCCAGGCAGACACAACACCCCAAGGCCUACUGAUGAUGUUUGCCGCCUGCCACGAGAUGACCGUCGUUGUGGUAGGGAAAGGGUCCGCUGGUACUACGAACCCACCUCAGCGCGCUGUUUCAAGUUCCGCUACAGAGGUUGCACUGAUGGUGGGAACCAGUUCAGGAGUGAAGAGGAGUGUCGAAGGACAUGUGUUGAUGGUCGGCGUGUGCAGGUUCAACCAACCGCUAGACCAUACGUGCCACUAACUAGGAGACCAUAUGUGCCACGAACAAGACGACCGUAUUAUACCACCAGGCGACCAUAUGUUCAACCCACAUGGCAGCCACCAGUUACUUAUGGAGGAGAGGAGUGUGGAAUGGAUGCUGAUCCAGGUGAUUGUCGGGCAUUUGUCCGGAGAUGGUAUUACCACUACCUGGAGGGCGACUGCUUUCCCUUUGAUUAUGGAGGAUGUGGUGGCAAUCAAAACAACUUUCUCACCCAGAGCGACUGUGCUCGUGCCUGCUUGAGUGGCCGGCGGUCUGCCACAAGGGAACCCCUCAUUCCCUUUACACUGCCCACACCAGGCAAAACCAGAGAUGUGUGUGAUCAGCCUGCAGACCCGAGGAAGUGUAAGGAAUGGCAGAACAGGUACAGGUACAACUCUGAAACGGGUCGCUGUGAGCAGUUCUGGCACGGAGGAUGUCGAGAUGACGGGAACGUGUUUGCAGAUGAGACGGAGUGUCGCAGGACCUGUGAGGGCUCACGAAGAACAAUAUUUGACAGGAUCCGGGAUCCGGGUCGCACACAAGGAACUGAAGUGUGUCUGCUGCCUGUGGAUAAAGGACCUUGUCGUAGUAGUCAGCUAAGGUGGCAUUUUGACGAGAGCACAGGAGAGUGUAGACAGUUCUAUUAUGGAGGAUGCAGGGGAAAUGAAAACAGAUUUGACAAUAAGCGAGAAUGCUUGAGAACAUGUCACCACCUGUUGCGCACAUCAAAUCGGAUCUACCAGGGAGAUGCUCCAGAGAUAGGCGAGAUCUGUUUGAUGGAGCUUGAAGAUACUUUGUGCACCAACUGGACUUCAAAAUGGCAUUACAACAAGACGGCUGCUCAGUGUCAACAAUACUGGGACGGAGGAUGUGACAAGCUGGGCAACAGGUUUGAGUCUCACGAUGCCUGCUGGACAAAGUGCUAUGAGUACGCCAGCAAGCCGCAACCUGAGUCAUCAGAGACAAGAGAUGAGGAAGACAGGGGUGAGCCAGAGCCUGAAGCCACGCAUGUGCCUGCCCAAGUCCCACCCGAACACAGCGGUUCACAAGGAGAUAUUUGUCACCUGCCAAAGGACGAACGUGAGUGUGAAGAGAUGCUUGUGAAGUGGUAUUACAACUCUGCUAAGAGGAUGUGUGAGAGGUUCUGGUAUGGGGGAUGUGAUGAUGCUGGGAACCAGUUUGACAGUCAAGCUGACUGUGAGAAGAUGUGUCAUCCCCAUGGACUAUCACCCAGCCAAGGGGAGAGAACUCAUGGUGACCCAUCACCAGAACAGACAGAAGAUCCUGCUGAAGACAACAGCAGAUAUUAUCCAGAAGACAGCCAUAACCCUGAUUACCCAAGGACACAGGUGGAAAUCCUGCCUGAGUCUAAUAAUACGUAUCCUGGUCCAGAGGGAGACAGACUUUCACAACCAGACAACACAGACUCACACAAGGCUCUGGCAAAAGAGAUGUGUCACCUCAGUGUAGACACAGGGCCCUGCAGAGGUGCCUUCCCUCGCUGGUACUAUGAUAGGGACUCUGGCAAGUGCAAGCGCUUUACAUAUGGAGGCUGUAAGGGUAAUGGUAACAACUUUGAGGACAAGAAGGCUUGUCGACGUCUCUGUUCUCCGUCUAAACUACGAAAACAUAGAAAACCUGCCCCUGAAAAGCCCAAGGAGGAGAUGUCUGUUGAUAAUGCCAUUUUAGCAGAUCCAAGUGUUUGUCUGAUGUUACGUGAUGAUCGGUUUUGUGGGGAUUGGGUGAACAGGUGGUUUUAUAACCAGAGCAGCCAGGCCUGUGAGCAGACAUGGCUGGGGAACUGUGCGGAGGGAGGCAAUCAGUUCAGCUCUGAGGAGGACUGUCGCAGACUAUGUGCGGACAUGUCUAACAUACCAGUGGACAACUCCAUAUAUGUGGACAACCGGGUCAGUCCUGCCGAGAACAACCCUCAAGUAUAUCCAGCAGAAGACAUUUGUUCACUGCCCCCUGAGGCUGGUCCGUGUAGGGAUGACAUUGUGAUCAGGUGGUACUAUGACAGUGACAACCAGAGGUGUGACAGGUUUAGGUAUGGAGGCUGUGAGGGCAAUGGCAACAGAUUUGAGACAGAGGAGGAUUGUGAACACCAGUGUUCACAGAGAGACCGCAGACCUCAGAAUAGGCGUGAUAACAGACCUGACCACAGACAUGAAGUGCCACAACAAGAGGUUCACCCAGAUGAUGUUUGUUUGCUGCCCCCUGAGGCUGGUCCGUGUAGGGAUGACAUUGUGAUCAAGUGGUACUAUGACAGUGACAACCAGAGGUGUGACAGGUUUAGGUAUGGAGGCUGUGAGGGCAAUGGCAACAGAUUUGAGACAGAGGAGGAUUGUGAACACCAGUGUUCACAGAGAGACCGCAGACCUCAGAAUAGGCGUGAUAACAGGCCUGACCACAGACAUGAAGUGCCACAAGAGGUUCACCCAGAAGACAUUUGUUCGCUGCCCCCUGAGGCUGGUCCAUGUAGGGAUGACAUUGUGAUCAGGUGGUACUAUGACAGUGACAACCAGAGGUGUGACAGGUUUAGGUAUGGAGGCUGUGAGGGCAAUGGCAACAGAUUUGAGACAGAGGAGGAUUGUCAGCUUCGUUGUGAUCCCAGGAGACAGGAUGGACAAGAUCGUCUGGUGACUGUAGGGCCAGCCGUGUAUGUAACCCAUGGUCCCCAUCGUAGAAUCACCUUCAGCCCCCGAGCACCAGUCAACCCAGACAGCCCUGAGUGUGCAGCUGCCGAGUUUGGCUGUUGUCCUGAUGGAAGGACUGUGGCUGGAGAUGAAAACUUUAACUCCUGCCCAGCCUCUGCCCCAGAGAUAUUACCCCUGGGUAAGAACAUGGUAGUUGUGCGGUCAGGGGAUGAUGUCACCAUACCAUGUGAUGUCAGAGGAGCCCCUAAACCUACCAUAGUCUGGUACCAAGAUGGCGUGCGCAUCCCGAGUGAUGGUGUCAUGUUUACUGUGGACAUUAAUGGUGCCCUGACAGUGACCUCUGUUAAGAACAAGGACACAGGAGAGUACACAUGCACUGCAGAUAAUGGGAUUGGGUUCUCAGCCUCACAGAGGAUCAACAUGGUUGUACAAGAGUCUCCAGUGAUCUUGGCCACACCCUCUAAGGUUGUCACACCUCCUGGACAGACUGCAAACCUCCAUUGUCUGGCUUCUGGAAACCCCAGGCCACAGCUGACCUGGCUGGACAACCAGGGAAGAGAACUCUACAACACCACAAGACACUCUGUCUUCUCUAAUGGUACACUAGUUAUCUCCCCUACUCAACUAGAGGAUGCUGGUACUUACACUUGUGUGGCAAGAGGUGGAGUGGCAGAGUCAGUCCGUAAAGCGGUCACGUUGAGCCUCCGAGAAGGUGUGUCUGCCAAAAUCAAAUCUCAUGAUAACAUGUAUUUUGAGGGAGAUGUGCUGAAGCUUACCUGUGAGGUGUCUGGGUAUCCCUACCCAUCUGUCACCUGGCUUAAGGAUGACAAACCUGUCAACACGUCCCACAAGAUACGACUUCACCAUCGUGGAGAGAAGCUCACAGUUCAUCACCUGGGGAUAGCAGAUGCUGGCCUCUAUCAGUGUAAGAUAUCCAAUGGAGAGGCAGAAGAUAUAGCCAGUACUUUGGUCCGCGUGGAUUUGAAAGACAUAAAUGAUGGAGAAUGCACGGAUCCCAGUGGGAAAGUCUACUGCCGAAUCAUUGUAGCAGCCAGCAUGUGCCAUCGCCGCCAUUUUGCCAGAUUGUGCUGCGAAUCGUGUAGAGAAUGGCUGCAGAGCCCAUGAGUGUGUUAUGCUCUACUGCUGUCAUUCUGCCGAAAUGUAAUCAGUGGCCCUUCCAGACUUCUGUAUUACAAUGUACAAUACUAUUUGUAAUAAGAGUGUAGGAAACUGUUCAGAAAGCUCCCCACCACAAUGGUAUUAAUCUGCUCUAACCUCAUCAUCUUAGCUUAGUGCUGCACACUCUAAUGUUAUACAAGUCUCAUAGUAUUUGUUAAUAAAAAGUGCUGUACUCUAAUAUGUAGAAAUGGUGCAUAUGUAUGGGGAUUCCACUUAGUGGUGGAAACUUUUAAUUUGCAUAAACUUUUGGAAACUAGCAAGUUGUGUAGAGUACAUGUAGAUUGUAUUCAGUGUAUGUUCAUACAAUGCAUUUAUACCUGUUAAGAAAGGUGGUUAUGAUCUUUUCCUUCUCGGUUAGGAUCUCUCUCCCUUCCUUCUCGGUUAGGAUCUCUCUCCCUUCAACCUCGGUUAGGAUCUCUCUCCCUUUGAUUUAUUUACAUUAAAGUGUUUCUGUAGAGUGUACAUGGAACUUCACACAAGUAACUUAAUGUGUGCAAAGUGUGAGAGUUCUAAACAGUUCUCUUGUGAAGUAGUAUAUCUAAAUGCACAGGUAACAAGCUGUGAGACAUGCAGUUAUUAACACUGAUUUUGGAGAGUCUGUACAAAUUAAUUGAAUUUUUCAGUUCAGUUGGAUUACAUUUGGGUGUUUAGAAAAUUGUAACACCAUAUUGUUUAUGUCUUCUGUUCAUUGCUCAUCAUGGUAGGAGGCCAUCUUACUAAUUUAUAAUUCAAAGUUGUGUGAUAAUUCACCCUCAUGCUGUAAUUUCUACUCCCUCCUGAUCAAAAUUUUCACCAAACCUACAUGUAGGUUAAGAUAAAUUGUACAUUACUCAGUGUGACAAGAAUGAGACAGCCAGCAUAUUUAGGCUCAUAUCUGCGACAUUUAUGUAUGGACUUGCCUGCCUCGACAUACCUGCCUGCCUCACUUUUGUAUCAACAGAUGCAUUCUUGUUGUAAUCUUUCUGUUAUUUGUGUGUUCUGUAGACACUACAAUAAUUUGUUGUGUAUCUGAUGUAUUGAGGUUUCCUCCCUUUUUGGGGGGAGAGGGGGGGCAUCUUCCGGUAACCAUCCAUCUCAGGUUAGCUAAUAAUUACUCGUAUUAUAUACGUGUACCACUAGACAGAUAUGUCAUAGAUCCAGUUGUUCUGUCAGUUUUAGCAAUAAACUUUGACAUAGUAAGAGUUUAACUUGGUGGCUCUCCCAAUGUCAGUGGGGACAUGGUACAGUGGAAAAUUGUGAACUGUAGAAAAGAUUUAUACCUCAGAUUGUUUACCUGUGUACCCAUUAUAAUGAUAAACAUUGCCAUUGAUACAUUUCAGUUUUUAUCAACUGCAUGCAUAUGUUCAAAGUGUGAAAAGAAUUGUCUAGGUACAUUCCAGAAUUUUGUGCGUUGUGAUAGACGACUGGGCAAAACUGAAUGACCACUGUUACUUCACUACAAGUAGCUAUGUGACUGUUAAUACAUCACCGUGUGAUAACUACUAUGUAGGAGUUUAAACAAUUUAUAGAAUAUCCUUUGGAAAUGACCAAAUUGUAUCUGAUUACAGUUGGCAUAAACAACAUUUCAGUGGAAACCAUUAAAAACAUGCUUUUGUAACAAAAAUGUGUUUUAAAGGUUUCAUUCAUUCAUUAUUAUGGAGUUACUGUCCUUUAACUAUUAUGUGUACUGGCGUGGCUGCAGAGGCUUGAAACACAUUAUUUUAUGUAAGUUGAUGGAAUUACACCAUUAUGAAGUUAUCAAGGUCUAAUGAAUUUUCCUGCGUAUUAGAAUUCAAACCAGGUUUUAGCUUCAGGGUACUCUGUAUACUAAAAAAUGGCAUUCUUGGUCCAGGAUUUCCUUGAAAGAAAACUUCAGAUGGACCAAGUUUGAAAAAUCACUUCUCAAAACCUACCAGGCUUGUUUGGUUUACUAAGGGAGGAAACAAUGCAGGGCCCAAAAGAAAAUAUCCAUCACCACCAUCCAGAACUAGAUUCAAACAUGGUGCCUCAUUGAUCCUGACUUGUGAAUACUGAGCAACAAAGGUUCCUCCCAAUAGAUUGGAGCUGUAAAAGGUUUCUUUGUGAACCAGAACAAAGUAGAGAUUUACAAAGUCUGAUUCUUCAACCUUUUCACAUGUUUUCAAGUUGUUUAUUCAAGCAUCUUCUGAGGGCAUUAUUCUGUGUAGAUUGAUAAUUUAUACUUGUUGUAAAGCCCUGAAGUUAGCUUAUCCAACCCAUAUUGUUUUGUCUCCAAAAAUCAUUUUAAAAAUAUGCAUAAAUUGCACUGAAGGUUGCUCUUUCAUAUGCAAAAAGCUUGAGGAAUUGGAUUGUUUGGUUUUAAAUUGGCAGUAAUGAUCACAAAUGAUGAACUUUAGUUGUGGUGUUCCCAUUCUAAUCCAAGCGUUUCUAUGAUCAGGAUUAAUAUGGGGUUUGAGGCUUCGCUGGCUCAGAUAAUCAAAACGUCGGCGUGCAGUGUUUAUCAGACUGUUGUGAUAAUAAACUGUUGUGAGUGAAAAAUUCUUGUGCAGGGCAAACACUGAUCAAAUAAUAUUGGGUUACUUGUUGAUGGCAAAACGGUUGAUGCCUGUUUGUGGGUCCAUACGUUUUUCUUGUCUCCAGCCAAUAAAAUGUGCAAGUCUUUAGCAUAUCACACAUAGGAGUGCGCCAGUAAUUUGCCAGUUUUCAUUUGAGUGAUGCUUGGCACUUAGGGUAGACUUUGUUCACCCAUUAAACUGAUUGCCAUCAAGAGUGGAUUAUUCUUGAGUAUAGCAUUAAACUACAAUUUGGAGUGGAUGCCAGUCACGUCGAUGACCAGAAACAAUACAGCAUUUUUGCUGCUGUUCCUUUC